AUGGCCCAAGAUCCAAUAUAUGCCAAUACGCCAUCCACAUCUACCAAUGUAAGGUACACAUCUAAGGAUCAUCAUGCUGAUGCUCCUCAUGAAAAUGUACCCGAUUCUGCCCAUUCCGCGAACAAUUCAUCAGACCUGCAGACACCUGUCUGCCCAAGGUCCACGUGGUUGGUUCUGGUUGCCUGCACUCUUCUGCUUGUGAUAGUCAUCCCCGUCAUUGUGUACUGCACCAGACAGAAACAAGCAGCUCUGGAGAUUCAGCUCUCAGCGGCUGAAAGAGAACUGCAUGAACUGAAGGCCAGAAAUGUCAAGGACAUCACAGACCUGCAGAAACAAUUUGAAGCUAUAGCAAAACAUUGCGCUUCUGGUUGGAAAAUUUUCAAUGGGAAGUGCUACUGCUUCUCUACUGAUAUGAAGAACUGGACUGAGAGUCGGGAUGCCUGUGUGACUAUGGGAGGACACCUGGUCAUCAUAGAGAGUGCAGAGGAGCUGUAUUUUCUGAAGAAACAUGGCAUGGGAUCCAACUGGAUUGGCCUGACUGACUCGGUUAAAGAGGGAGACUGGCGUUGGGUGGACAACACACCGCUCAGUGAUUCAUCCAGGUUUUGGUAUGGAAAAGAGCCGGAUAACUGGAAAGGAGAUAAAGUAAUCCAUCCUGAGGGGGAAGACUGCGCUCAGAUGGAUUUUACCAGACCGUAUUAUGGAAAUUGGCUGGAUGCCUUCUGUGACAGCCAUAAAAAAAUGAUAUGUGAGAGUAAAUGAGAGGGACAUAUAUAUUUUUUCAUUUUGCAUUGUUUUUUUAGCCUGACUCUCGCCAGACCCUUGUAGUUCCGCCAUGCUCCACCAGAGGCGUUACAGGAUCUGGCGAAAGUCAGGUUAUUGUUUUUUAUCUUAAUGUAUAAAAUUGAAUAAGUCAAACACACACCCACACACCACCACC